ACAGGUGUGCAAGAAUUAUUUGCACGGGUUGUGCAAAUACCCAAGGCUUCCUUCAGUGCACAAAUUGUGCAAUUAUAAAUCCAUGCCUCGUGUGUUUCACUUUGCAGCCCCACGUGCCGACGAGCUGACGAAAAUUACUUGUUGCGCGUGCUUCCACACGUUUGUCGAUCUCAAUGGACUGCAUCGCCACCAAGAAAAUUUCUCAUGCUGUAAAAAUGCUCUCCCAUUCACAACACGUCGCCCUUGGGCUGUGCCCAAUAAGUUUCUUAAGUUGGCUGUACAGGAGAAUCUCCGUCCCUUAGAGUAUUUAAAACGGGAAAAUAUAAUGUGGCCAGUGGGACCAAACGAUUUUUUAAAUUAUGACGAAUUAGAGCCCAUGGAAAAUGGCCAUGAUAAUGAAGAAUUGAAGUCUGAAGGCAGCAAAGUGCAAUCUCAUUUCGAUGAUAUUCCUAUUCAUACGAGAAAAGAAUACAACUAUGAAGAGAUGGUUGAAAGGGCAAUUGCUGCUGAUGAAGCUUUUCUACCACAUUUAAAUAAUCCGGAUAUGGUAUUAACAUCUAAUGUUUUCAGGUAUUUUUGGAACAUGUUUUUUGGGUAGUCUCAUUGAACACGUUGUUCAUUUUACUCUUUGCAUACAUUCCUUAUCAUGUUGGCCAUGGAGCAGUUGUGUUACUUGGGCUGCAUGAGUAUGCAAUGGCUGCCCAUUUUGAAGGCCUUGUCACCACUCUUUGUGGAUACUGUGCUAUUGGAAUGAUAUUUGUUAUCCUUCAAGGCUUAGCUUCUUUGUUCGGGCUUAUAAGAACUAAGCGUUUUUUGAGAUUGUGCUAUAUUGUUGUGAAGGUAUGUAAUCAAAGCCUUUCGUUUCCAUGUUGCUAAUUA